UACACCAAGCAUUUUCCAGUUUUGGUAGACUAGAAGGCAUGGAGAUUUCAUCUGUACUAGUCUUCUUCUUCCUCAUUCCCCUCUUCAUCUUCCUUUUCUACUACCAAAAACCAGCAAAGAAACCAACCCCUGGAGAACUCCAAGGCUACCCACUACUUGGGAUCCUCCCCCAGUUGCUUAAAAACCGUCACCGACUCCUUGAAUGGACAACUGAAGCCCUCAUCAAGAACCCAUCGCAUACAAUAGUAUUCCAGAGCCUCGGGCAGGACAGUGGAAUCCAAACUGCAAAUCCCUUGAACAUCGAACACAUGCUCAAAACCAACUUCAAGAACUACCCAAAAGGCGAGAGAACAAUCAAAAUGCUAGAGGAUUUCUUCGGCCAUGGGAUCUUCAAUUCUGAUGGUGAGCACUGGAAUUUGCAACGGAAGGCAGCCAGCUUUGAGUUCAAUACAAGAUCGCUUCGUAACUUCGUGGUGGACACAGUCCAGCAGGAGGUAGCGCAGAGACUAUUGCCAUUGCUGAAGAAAGCCAGCAAAAAGGAGGAGACCAUAGACUUUCAAGAUGUUCUAGAGCGUUUUGCAUUUGAUAACAUCUGCAAGGUGGCGUUUAAUGAAGAUCCUGCCUGCCUUACAGAAGAGGGGUUUGGCAAUACAAUAUCCUCACGCUUCAUGAAGGCCUUUGGAGAAGCACAGAACAUCAUUACAGAGCGGUUCCUGGAUGCACUGAAAAUCAGCUGGAGGAUCAAAAGGCUGCUUAAUAUUGGCUCAGAAAGACGGUUGAAAGAAUCAAUUUCAAUUGUCAACAACUAUGCCAUAAACAUCAUUCGAUCAAGGAAGGAAAGAACUUUGGAUCACUUGAGUGAUCUUUUGUCUCGAUUUGCUUCAAACAAAGAUAACACAGAAGAAUAUCUUCGAGAUGUGGUGGUAAGCUUCCUUACUGCUGGGCGUGAGACAACAUCAUCAGCACUGACAUGGUUCUUCUGGCUCCUAUCGGCAAGACCUGAUGUGGAGAAAAAGAUACUGGAUGAAGUCAGAUCAAUCCGUGCCCUGAAACAGAAAACAAGUGAGACAUUUAGUUUUGAUGAGCUACGAGAGAUGCACUACCUACAUGCUGCCAUAUCAGAGUCGAUGAGGUUGUAUCCUCCCGUGCCCCUUGACACACAAACUUGCAAAGAAGAUGACACCAUGCCAGAUGGAACAUUGGUGCAUAAAGGAUGGUUUGUGACAUACAAUGCUUAUGCUCUGGGAAGGCUGGAGGACAUCUGGGGGAAGGACUGUAAUGACUACAAGCCAGAGAGGUGGUUGGAAAAUGGGGUUUUCCAGCCAGAAAAUCCAUUCAAGUAUCCAGUGUUUCAUGCCGGUCCAAGAAUGUGCUUGGGGAAGGAGAUGGCAUACAUACAGAUGAAAUCAAUUGCUGCUUGUGCGCUUGAAAACUUUGAAUUCAAUGUUGUGGGGAGGGACAAAACUCCAGAAUAUCUACCCUCACUGACCCUGAGGAUGAAAGGAGGUUUGCCUAUUCAGGUUAGAGAAAGAGUUGAUGUGAUCAAUUAACCAGGCGAAGUCUAAAUAAUCACAUUUGUAUUAUGGAAAAACCAGCAUGUAAUUUAUAACUUUCUGCUUAUAUUGUCAUAAUUUUACUAUUGCAUUUCUGUAUGUUAUAGAAAAAAAUAGUGCAGUUUUACU